AUGUCACCGUUUGCCGUAUCUGCCUCGCACAAUGGCGAACAACCUGACAAAGGCUGCCUGGGAGACGACCUGACUAUGUCGCCAGAGUCUAUUGUGAUACCAAUCGUAUCGUGCAUCGUGGGUUUCCCUAUAUUGGCAUUGCUCAUCAUCUGCUGUCUUCGCCGAAGGGCUCGAAUGGCAAGGGAGAGAGCGAGAAGAAGGAACUGUGAUAAGGAACACGGCACUUUGUCACUAGUUCGAUUCAGUCCAAUUCAUAGAUUAGCCGGAACUCAUAAUGCUAGGCCCAUAACUUUAAAACCCGAUAGACAAAUGAGUCGGGGCUUUCCUUCGCAGGAACUAGAUACCGUGGUUGAAGAAAAGUCAGAUCCGGAGCAAACACAGGUUGAGUUAAUGACGCCAGAUACAGAUACGAACGGAACCGACACAACUGGGAAAGAGAGCUAGCCGAAAAUCACCCGCCACACGGCGCUUAUACAUGGAGGACCUAGUGUAUCGGGCGAGAGACCACCAUUAUGGAGUUCGCUGACACAUAUGCAUGCACUCCAUGAGGCUUUACCUUUGAGUUGACCCGAAA